AGCCCUAGGAGAAGCCCUGGACCAAGGUGCUCCAAGCAGGAAGUUUCACCUGAGAAGGACAUUGAGAAGUUGGCGGGGAAGAUGCUACGGCUUAUUGUGCAGUCGGCCAAGAUUAGCCCACCCCUAAGCCCCCCACCCAGACCCUGCGUCUCCGUGUACUUCAGAGAUGUCAAGAGGACAACUCGUGAGGUGGAAGGCAAUCACCCCGUGUGGAAUGAGACGCUCAUCUGGCACCUCUGGAACCACCCCCUGCAGAAGGACUCUUUCCUGCAAAUCACCCUUCGAGACAUGGGCUCAGUGAAGAAGGAAAGGUUCAUUGGCAUGGCCACAGUACUGCUCAAGCCCUUGGUGAAAAAACCAAGAAAGAUCCUUUUUGUGAAUGACCUGACCCUGCUCAACCAUUCCAUGAUGCCCACAGACUGUACCAUCGCCUUACAGGCAGCGCUUAUGACCUACAAGGAUAUGGAGAGGAUCGGUGAUGAAGACCUCCUGGCCAUAACAGCUCAAGAGGUGGCUAAGCAGAAGCUGAUGUUUCCCAGUGCCACAGUGCACAAGGCUCUGUCCCCAAAGCCUCAGCACUUCCAGGUCCGAGUGCAGGUGUUUGAAGCCCGGCAGCUGAUGGGCAACGACAUCAAACCAGUGGUGAAGGUGGUCAUUGGAGGCCGCCAGCACCACUCACGGAUCAAGAUGGGGAACAACCCUUUCUUCAAUGAGAUCUUCUUUCAGAAUUUUUAUGAGGCUCCUAUGAAGUUCUUCGAUGAGAUCAUCUUAAUCCAGGUGAUGAACUCCUCAGUGAUGAGAUUCAAUGCAGAGAUUGGGAGAUUCCAAACAGAUAUCGGGUUCAUCUACAACUGUCCAGGUCACACACUCCUGAGGAAAUGGCUUGGCCUCUGCCAGCCAAGCGAACGCAACAGCGGUGUGAGAGGCUACCUGAAAGUCACCAUCUGUGCCCUUGGCGUGGGCGACCAGGCCCCGGUCGAUCAGAGACUGACCUACAGGGCUGAGGACAUGGACACUCGGAUCUUCAAGUCGUCGGUGGUGCCCAUCAGCAUGGCCUACCUUCAGUUCUUCAUCUACUGUGCCGAGGACCUCCACCUCAAGAAACACUACUCUGUGAGUCCUGUGCUGGAGGUGGAACUAAUUGGGGAGAAGACCAGGCCAUCUGGGCAGGCACCAACUGCCCUUCUCACUUGCCCUUCGCAGCUUCCCUGCCUCUCCAGCUACAUCAAGUUCAGAGUCUUGGACUGCCCCAGGAACAAGUGCAGUGAUGAGAUUGGGACGGUCAGCCUGUCGCUCAACCAGAUCUCAUCCACUGGAGCCGAGAUAGAAGGAAUGUACUCCGGCUUCCUACCCUGCUUUGGCCCCAGCUUCUUGACUCUCCGUGGGGGUAAAAAGGCCCCUUUCAGGAUGAAGGAAGAAGACCCUAAUAUUCCCAACAUUGUCAAGGAUGGUUUAGCUUAUCGAGGCCGGGUCUUCCUGGAGUUGAUCACCCAUGUCAAAUCCCAUCAAGAAGCUAAGAUGAAGGAUCUCUCCCUAGAUGUGAUCAGCGUAGAGAAGCACCAGAACCGACAGAAGUAUGGGCUGUGCGUCAUCUUCCUUUCCUGUACCAUGAUGCCUGACUUUAAGGACCUGAUCCAAUUUGAAGUCAGCAUUGGUCACUACGGAAACAAGAUGGACCUGAGUUACAAGCCUCUCGUCUCAACCACACAGUACAGCCCAGUGAUAUACGAUGGGAACAUCUACUAUUACGUGCCCUGGUACAACACCAAGCCCGUUGUGGCCGUGACCUCCUUUUGGGAGGACGUCGGCUUCCGUAUGAACUGCCUCAACCUCCUCCAGUUCACGCGGGAUCGCCUGAAGGCCAACCUGGACACCCUGAAGUCCAUGAGGAAUCCGAGGGACCCGGCUCUGCUUCCGCAGUGGGAGAAACUGCUGAGGGAGCUGGUGGAGGACUGCAAGCGGCCGCUGCCCUGCAUGACCAGUCAGCCCAAAGCCACCGACCUGGACAAGAACAGGUGGAAGCUCCGCCGCCUCCUCCUGCAGGAACUGGCCCAGAAGGCCAAGCAGGCGCCCCCCAGGGACAUGGUGGCCACCGCAGAGGGCUGGCUGCACCGCCUCAAUGCCGUGCUCCCCGAGCCCCAGAUGAACCUCCCCGAUGUGAUGAUCUGGCUGAUGUCCCGGGAGCAGCGGGUGGCUUAUGCUCAGGUGCCCGCCCACAGCAUCCUGUUCUCCCCAGACGGGGCCCGGCACUCCGGCAGGUUCUGUGGGAAGACACAGACCCUAUUCCUGCAGUACCCAGAGGGAGAAGGAGAGAAGGACACCCUCCCCGCCCAGCUCCGGGUCUGCAUGUGGCUCGGCAACGUGACUGAUAGCAGGGACCUGGAGCUGCUCCGCCAGGGCUUUUACGAAAACCAGGCCAAGUUUAAGGACCAGUGGGGACAGCAGUUUCUGCAGCACUGCCCCAACUUCUCGGAUGUCAUGGGGCACAAGGCCCUUCCCAAGGAAGAUUUCAAAGAGCCCCAUGGAUGGCACUGGGAAGGUCCGUGGACAGUGGAGCCUCAGAGGAGGCUGCUCCUGGACACAGACAUCAACAAGAGCCAGGUGCUGGAGGAGGUGUAUGAGAACCAGCGCCGGGAUGCCACGGGGGCCUGGGUACCUGCCGCCAUCCCCAACACGGAUGUGAAUGGAGAGCCCGUGGAGGCCCGGGAGAUUGUGAAGUGCCCCCAGGGCUGGCACGUGAAGCAAACCUGGGCUGUGGAGCUGAACCACGCAGUGGACAAUGAGGGCUGGGAGUACGGCGUGGGCAUCCCACCCUCGGGGCUGCCCCAGGUCUGGAACUCGGUGGAGAAGACCUACUACUCACGCCGGCGCCGGCGCUGGGCACGGGUGCGCUACCGGGACCACGGGCGGCUGAGCCACGAGCAGGAGACCCUCUCCUUCCUGCAGCUGCACCACCCUGGCCUGGCUGAGGACGAGGCAGGCUGGGAGUACGGCGUCUUCGGCUCCAAGUUCCACCUGAACCCUCAGCCCCAGAGCCGCUUCCGCCGCCGCUGCUGGCACCGCAGGCUGGCCCCCAACAAGGUCAAGGGCAUUGCACCCAUAUUCCUCCUGGAGGGAUCAUUGAGCACAGAUAUGAAAGAGCAGGCGAAGAGAGAGGUGGACACAGUGUCGUCCACACGGAGGCUGGACAGCCUCAGGCGUGUCUGGAGGGCGCCCCCAGCCGUCACCCAGACGCCCAACCUGCCCUUCAUCUACUGCGUCUUCAACAAGCCCCACUACUACCAGCUCUUCUGCUACAUCUACCAGGCCCGGAACCUGAUGUCCAGCCAUGUCCAGACAUUCCAGGGGCCCUUCAUCAGGCUGGUCUUCUUGAACCACAGCCAGCGCACCCAAACCCUGAAGAGCUCCGCAGCCCCCACAUGGGCCCAGACGCUCAUCUUUCAGCACCUCCUUUUGUACGAGAACCCUCAGGACACCAGAGAGGGCCCGCCGUGUGUGGUGUUGGAACUGUGGCAGCGGGACCCCCAGGGCAGUGAGACACUGUGGGGACGGACUAUGUGGCACCCGGUGGUCUGGCUGGACGCCCAAGACCGGAUCCUGCCCCCCAUGAGGUGGCACCCCCUUGUAAAAGGGCUGGAGGACGAAGAGGGCGAAAUCUUGGCGUCCUGUGAGCUGAUCCUUGAGACUGAGAGCCUCAGACAGCAGCUGCCCAUGUUAAGUGUGCCCUGGAAGAACGGCAUCUACAUCCUGCCCAAGAGCAUCCAGCCCACGCUCAGGAAAAUGGCUAUCGAGAUGCUGGUCUGGGGCCUUCGCAACAUGAAGCAGGUGCGCUCGCCCCGGCUCCUGGUGGAAUGCUGGGAGGAGUCCCUGCAGACCGAGCCCAUCAGGGACUUUCAGAGCAAUCCCAACUUUGCCCAGUCAGCCCUCCUUCUCACACUGUACAUGCCUACGGAGGAGAACUUUGCACUGCCGCUGGUGCUGAAGGUGGUGGACAGUCAGGACUUCGGCCAGGAGACCGUGGUGGGUCAGGCCAAUGUUCACUCUCUGCAGCCCUACUUCUGUGACCCCUGGGCCGAGGACUACGUGCCCCCGAGGCCCCCAACGCUGUCGGUGAAAAAGUACCAGGAGCUCCUAGGUUACCUCUGUGAAAAGUUCUGGUUCAAGUCCAGCAAAGCUGAGGACGAGCAUGACCAGGAGGUAGACUGGUGGAGCAAGCUGUUCUGGGCCACCGGAGACGCUCCCCGGACCCUGAAGUACAAGUACAAAGACUACCACACCCUGAAGGUGUAUGACUGUGAGCUGGAGGCUGUGCCAGCCUUCCAAGGCCUGCAGGACUUCUGCCAGACCUUCAAACUCUACCAGGAACGGCCCAGACUGGACAGCCCUGUGGUAGGGGAGUUCAAGGGCCAGUUCCGCGUCUACCCCUUUCCUGAGAACCCGGAAGCUCCCAAGCCCCCUCGCCAGUUCCCGCUUUGGCCUAAGAAAGAGGACUUCCCUCAGCAGUGCGUGGUGCGGGUGUACAUUGUGCGAGCCUUCCACCUGCAGCCCCAAGACAUCAACGGCCUGUGUGACCCUUACGUGAUCCUGAAACUGGGACAGACGAUGCUUGGCAACCGGGACAAGUACCAGCCCAACACUCUGGACCCCAUCUUUGGCGUGAUGUUUGAACUGAGCUGCAUCAUCCCCCUGGAGAAAGACCUAGAGAUCCAGCUAUAUGACUUUGACCUAUUCUCACCUGAUGAUAUGAUUGGAACCACAGUCAUUGACCUUGAAGACCGACUCCUGUCUGGCUUUGGAGCUCGUUGUGGGCUCUCCAAAUCCUAUUGCCAGUCAGGGCCCUUCAGGUGGCGGGACCAGAUGCCCCCAAGCUUGCUUUUGGAGCACCACGCCAAGCGGAAGGGACUGCCGCCGCCUCUCUUCAGCCCCGAAGGCGACUCUGUUUAUUACAACGGGAAAAAAUUCCAACUGCAAAGCUUUGAACUCAAGCCCCCUAGAGCGCGCUUCUUGGGAUCUAAGAAAGAGCGCCUGGCUCUGUACCUCCUGAACACCCAGGGGCUGGUACCCGAGCAUGUGGAGACCCGCACUCUGUACAGUGACAGCCAGCCGGGCAUCGACCAGGGAAAGGUGCAAAUGUGGGUGGACAUCUUCCCCAAGAAGCUUGGGCCUCCCGGCCCCCCAGUCAACAUUGGGCCCAGGAAGCCUAACAGGUAUGAGCUCCGCUGCAUUAUCUGGAAAACCACCCUCGUGGACUCGAAGGAGAACAGUUUAAGUAACGACAGGAUAAACGACAUCUAUGUCAAAGGGUGGCUGUUCGGGCUGGAGAAGGACAUGCAGAAGACGGACGUCCACUACCGCUCCCUGACGGGGGAGGGCAUCUUUAACUGGCGGUUCAUCUUCACUUUGGACUACCUGAUGGCAGAGCAUGUGUGUGUCUUGAGCGAGAAGGACUACAUAUGGAGCCUGGACCCCACGGUGACGAAGUUCCCAGCCCGGCUCAUCAUCCAGGUCUGGGACAACAACAUCAUCUCCACGGAUGACUUUCUAGGGGUCCUGGAGCUGGAUUUAUCAGACAUGCCCCUCCCGGCUCCGCACUCCAGGCUGUGCUCUGUCAAAAUGCUGGAGGCUGACCCCAAGUGGCCGCACUUCCUCCGGCACAAGCACUCGUCUCUCUUUAAGAUGAAGAAUGUGGCUGGCUGGUGGCCUUGCCAGGUCCUCGAUGGUGGCAAAUGGCGCUUGUCGGGUAAAGUGAAGAUGACCCUGGAGAUACUGACAGAAAAGGAAGCCUUAAUCAAGGCGGCAGGACGAGGCCAGUCAGAGCCCAACCAAUACCCUACACUCCAUCCUCCCUUACGCACCCACACCCUGUUCAUGUGGAUCCGGUCACCCAUUGGGAGAUUCAUCCGUGUGCUCUGGAGACGCUACCGCUUCAAAAUCAUAGCCACCACCAUCAUACUCCUCAUAGGGCUUCUGCUGUUCAAGUUCAUCUACUCGGCUCCGAACUAUUUGGCCAUGAGCUGGAUCAAACCGGAACUUCGGCUCAAUGCCCCCAUUCAAAUAUACGCCAAUAUCAUCAAUGCGCCAAACACCAGUAGCGCCAACUCUUCCAACCUCACCACUCCCCAGCAGAACCUGAAACCUACAACGGCCCUCAAGCUGAAACACCUCCAGGGACACGUGACGCGCCUGCGGGAUAGUCUUCCAGAACUUCUGGCCCCACAGAACUAAUCCCCCUGGACAGCCUGGCUCACAGACAGCCCUACCCUUCAGCUUCCUACCAGUUCCUUGUUUCUGGGGACUCAGAAUAGUCUGGCCAUUCUGUUCAGAGACCACUUCCAACAAGCAGAGCUGUAAUUUUCCACUGAAAUAAAGAGCAUUUGUAACAGA